AUGACGGAGGACAGGGACUCGGGCUUGGCAGACCUGGCCUAUGUCGGGUACCGCAGCCCCAUCUUGCGAAGCGGCGGGGUGAGCAGCACCGGAACGUGCAAGAGGCCUGCAGCGAGGGGCAACAAGCAGGCCGCAGAUUUGGCACUUAUCCAAGGAGUGCUGGGCGAGAUAAGCGGGUGGGACGUCUCCGCAAAGCGAGCCCGCGCAAUGGUCGUUGAGGUGGGCCUGCAUUUUGGAGUGGCGAUGCAGAACGGGCGCGCGGAGAGUGAGGGCCCGGGUGGGAGGCUUCGCCGUGACGCACUCCCCGGCUCGGCCAACCCGACCAACGUCGUCGGGUGGCAUGGUGGCACCAGUUGCGGCGUUGUGUCCGGAAGAGGGGCCCGCGUCUGCGCCGGAAGACUGGAUGCGGUAGGUGAGCUCGCGUCGCCGCCCCCUCCCGAUGGCUGCAAUGUGGUGGAGGAGUGCCAGGACAAGCACACUGCGGAGCAGAAGACUAACAGACUUGGCGGUCGUGAGUGGCAGAGCCGGACGGUCUCCACUCCAGGGCACUGGACGCACUCGAGGCGGAGCCAGACUGUCCUGGAGGAGGAACCGGAUGCCAGCGGAGGGGUGGCGGCGCGGGCGACUGCAGCAGAGCCGGACAGUCUCGACCCCGGGGGCCCGCACGCACUCCUGGGGGAGGGACCGGAUGCUGGCGAACUAUGGCGGCGCGGUGACGAAGGCGUCAAGCUGCAUGACGUCCUUGUUAUCACGGCCCGAAAAUCUUGA